CGAUACCACACGCAUCUCAUUCGAGAUAAACUGGAGGGAUUUCUGGAGUAUGGAAUAUGUGCAGCUAACACGCUAGCAGAGUUACAAGAACUUAUCUACAACUAACCUUCUUCUCUUGAAAAAACAAGUCAACAACGAGAAAGUCAAUUUGUGCAUCGCAACACCAGAGAUUCUCAGCAUGGAUUUAGAAGAUAACACCACCGUGUUAACAACCUUGAAGUCCUUCAAUUCCUUCAUCAGCUGCUCUGAAGCUCCACAGAGGCUGUCAGAGCAGCCAGCUGGGACUGGCAACCUGCAGAGCCAGUUCAAACGCAGCAUGGAGUUGUUGGAAGCAGCAGAGAGGGUUAAAUCUCAGAAUCGCUACCUUCAGAUGGACCAGGAAAAGAAGCAGAUGGAGCUCAGUCAUAAGCGAGCUCGAUUUGAACUGGAGAGGGCGGCAUCUGAUAGCGCAAGAGACUUGGAGCAUGAGGUUGACAGGAACCAGGACCUCUUGGGAAGAAUCAAAAAGUUGGAGGAGAGAGAGACCGAAGCAGUGAAGAACCUAUCGGAGCAGGUGGAUGCUAAUCGAUCUCUCCGCAAGAAUCUGGAGGGGAUGAACAAGAAACUGGAGGAGAGAGAAAGUAGAUUAAACACUGCUAAUCAGACGAUUAGUUCUUUCAAGGAUGAAAUCAGAGAGCUGAAGCAAAAGAUCCAAAAUCAAGACUUGACAAUUUCUUCUCAAACUCUGGAAAACCAGGAACUGCAGGAGCAGUUAGAUUUACAAAACAGGAAGUACAAAGAAGUAUCACAGCUCUGCCAGAGUCUCCAAGCUGCUCAGUCUUCUUGCUCAGAGCACAUCAUCAAGAUAAAGGAGUUAGAGAGGCGUCUGACCCUCCAGGAACAAGACAUUGCCAUUGUGAAGACUGUGAAGUCUGAAGUGGCAAAGGUGCCAGACCUGGAGAAGGAGUUGAAGCGCCUCAGAGAGGAUAAUGCCUUCCUCAGGGAGAGCAGGGAGAACUGCAGCCUGUUGAAAGAGGAGGUGGAGGGGCUGAGGAGGAAGCUGGAGAGGAUGGAGAAAACUAAAGAAGAACUAGUUAAUAUCGAGCUAGAGAAGGAGAGGUUGGCAGAGAAACUCCAUGCCUGGGAAAACCUGGGGCAAUCUACUGGACUCAACAUCAGGAAACCAGAGGAUCUGUCCAGGGAGGUGAUUCAGAUCCAGCAGAGAGAAAUUGCUCUGAAAGAGCAGAACUACACACUCACCAGCCGAGUGAGAAGUGUGGAGCGUUCGCAGUCAGAGCUCCAGGCAGAGCUGACCCAGCAGCGCGGUAAGACAUUGGAGGAGCAGAAGAAGAGAGAGACGCAGGACUCUCUUGUCCGUCGACUACAGAAGAGAGUGCUUCUUUUGACCAAGGAGCGAGAUGGAAUGCGUUCCAUCCUAGAGUCCUAUGACAGCGAGUUGGCGCCGACCGAGUACUCUCCUCAACUAAGCAAACGUCUCAGAGAGGCGGAGGACAUUUUGCAGAAGACACAGAACCACAAUGCAGAGAUGGAGGUCCAGUUGACCAAAGCACAGGAGGAGACACGCUCUCUGAAGCUGCAGUUGCAAGCAGUGGAGCUGGAGCUGGAGUCUGUAAAGAAACAGCAGGCCUCUGCUGCUGACGGCAACCCUUCAGUGGCCAAGGAAGAGGUCAGCGUACUCAGACAGAAAAUCGAGGAUUUAGAGGCGGAGCGGCAACGUUUAGAGGAGCAGAACAACAUCCUGGAGAUGAGACUGGAGAGACACAACCUACAGGGAGACUAUGAUCCAGUCAAAACCCGAGUUCUCCACUUCAAAAUGAAUCCCACAAGUGUUGCCAAGCAACAGCGCCAGCAGGAAGUAGAAUGUCUUCGUGAAGAAGUGACAAGUCUCAGAGAACUGGUGCGCAUGCUGCGGGAAGGAGGCGAUGCGGUCCAUUCACAGGAUGAGUCAAGCAUGCAAGUCUCCGGCCUCAGCCUCAGUCUGCCGCCAUCCAAGGAGGUGCUGGAUUUACGUAAGCAGAUGGAGAGUUCGGAGCUCAGGAACCAGAGGCUGAAAGAGGUGUUUCAGAGGAAGAUUCAGGAGUUCCGCACAGUCUGCUACCUCCUGACCGGCUAUCAGAUGGAUAUCACCACUGAGAACCAGUACAGACUCACUUCAGUCUAUGCAGAGCACAUGGACGACUCCCUGCUAUUUAAAAAGAGCUCCAAUGGCAGUAUGCAGCUCAUGGAAACCGAGUUCUCCAAAACUCUGGAUGAGAUGGUGGCGCUUCAUCUGCAUCACCAGAAGAGCCUCCCAGCAUUCCUCUCAGCUGUGACUCUUGAUCUCUUCAGUCGACAAACCACAAUCUGAAGUAAUCUGACACCAACUCAGACACUGGCCUGACAAAUUUCUCAUGGGAUUAUGAUGAUUUUUUUUCCUGUUUCUUUUUUUUCUUUCUCAUCCGACAUUCACACAGCGUAAGAAACUCGCUGGUGUUUCUCAGACUCUCUGACAUGAACGGUGCAGUCGGUGCUGUGCUUUGGAUAAAAACACCUUGUUGUGUGGAAAGCUUCUAUUGUUCACUUUAGACAGCAAACUUCAUAUCUCUAUUUGUUCUCUGAAUAUUUCAUCAAUAAACUUUUUUUUAAAACAUUUUUCUGAACACCAGAACAAGUUUGUCUUUAAGUUGAAGCACAUAUGCCCAUUUGUCUAUGGAGUUUUUUUUUUUUACAGUGGUUUUGUGUUUCUUUGGAUCUGCAGAAGAUGUGUUUUGCGAGGCGCGGUCUUGUGUACUCUGUACCUUCUGCCUUUACUGCUUUCUCUCUGGGACCUUUAAAUAAAAGGCUUUACAGACA